AUGAACGGUUCAGAACCGAAUUCUACAGAGUUAAGGCACGAUGUCGAGGCAGUUACCAUACUAAUAUCUAAACUUCAAGUUUACUCGCAGUUUGAUACACAAACUCCAACAGAGAGAGCUUUUCCCUCUAUGUUCAGCUCCGAUUCUGAUAUAAGCGACUCAAUUGACUCUGAUGUCGGAGAUCAGCUAAAGAGACGGUCUUCUUCAAUACUGCGCAAAAUGUUUAAUAGGUCAAAGAAACUACUGCCAAAACUACACAAGAGGUGA